GCGUGACGUGUGACGUCGCUCUGCUUGUUUUGGCAGGUUUUUUUUCGAUGUUCUCUGCAUGUCUCUUCACCAAGAGGGCGGUUUUCACUGGAUCUCCUGGACAAUGCUGUGAUGGUGUGGAGUUUGUGACUGGGCUGCUUCAUAGUGUCUCAUCAUGGCAGAUGGAGGGAGUGAUGAUGAUGUCAUUCAUCUUAGAAGUUUCAACAUUCACCGCAGCCAAGGUUCUCGACGACAGCAGCAGCGUCAGAGGGAGCUGAUCACCAUUUCUGAUGACUCUGAUGAAGAGCCCGUGACUUUGAUACCUAUUAGUCCUGUUUACGUUCCUGAUGACGAUGAUGUCAGAUUACUGGAGUCUAUUACUCCAGCUCGCAAACAAGUGAUUCGCCCAGCAGCAAUAUGGAGUGGGGCCUCAUUUAACUCAAAUCAAGGAUCAAGUGAACAUAAAGAGCAAAGGGAAGCUCCAAAUAACCCAUCUUCGUCCUCAUCUACCGCCUCUACCUCUAGAGAGACCAAGGCCGCUUCUACUAUAGUGAGCCGGGCCAUCCCACCAGCAGAAGCAGCCCCACAGUCUGGUAAAUCAGUUCAUGGACACCCUCAGCCUGGCCCCUCAGUCGCUUUGCCUCACAUUACCCUUCACACAGACUCACUGCAACCUGUAGGUUCUUCUACACAAACCUCAACAAACGUCCAGGCUAAUGCCACCCCAUCAGGAACACUUGAUGCCCGGCCGAGUACAUCUGGACACUCUCAGGCCGGGACUUCAGCACAAACAAAGCACGAGCCCCAAGCUAGUACCUCCAGUGCCUCUCGCCAGUCUUGUGCACUGGCAAGCACAGUGCCCAAUACUUCUGCAAGGACACAGAUAAAUACUGGAACAGAUGAUGUAACACAAGACAAUCCUCAGGCCAGCACUUCAUCUGCACAACCCGGUACAUCCAGGCAGGUACAGCCCAGUCAAACCUCCGCAUCCCAGGCCAACCACGCACAGCUAAAGACAGUAAAAUUUCUUGUGCUUCCUCAGCAGCCCAGCUUACAGGCCUCUACUCUCGUCACACAGCCCCACAUCCAGAUCAGGGCCCAGGUGUUCAAAACAAAUGGUAAUCUCAUUCAGAUUGAGCCCCAGACACACGCCCAAGCCCCCGCCCAGGCACCAUCCCAGGCCCCAUCCCAGGCCCCUAAUGCCACACAGGUCAUACACAUCACACCCCCUCCUGUGCUCAUCGCUGCUGCCCCUGAGAGACUUGGGCCUCCACAAGCUGGCCACAGAAUUGUCCUUGGGAGCCUGGUCCAUCCACAGCCAGGACCUGCCAAUCCUUUACCAAAUCAACAGAGUCAAAACCUUCCAGCCCCCAAUUCUACACAAGCUCCUGUUGCUCAGCACCCAGCUCCAUACCCGGACAGACCUGCACCUGCCCCAGGCCUGGGGGCGGUGCCUGCAGUGGUGGAAGAUCUUCCUAGGAUAGAGGACGCACGGCCUGGCCCGUCUGCUCCACGAGACAGAGCAGAACAACAGCCUGAUGUCAGAGACAUGGUUGCAAAAGUGUUGGAUCUUUUUCCUGAUGUCCAGGAAGCCUAUGUAGCAGAACUGAUCCAAAAGGAUAAUGUGAAAGACUUGAAUGUUAUUUGUAAUCUGCUGUUGGAGAACCCACAGUACCCUCAAAGAGAGAUUGCUGCAGCCUCCAGUAUCCUCCUGGAGCCCGAAGACACCCAGUCUGAGGAGACAGAAGACCUUUUUGACUACUCUAAGCUGGUGGUUGUGGGGCAUGGAGCUAUAAUGCAAGCUGCUGAUUUGCUCAUGGCGGAUUUCCGGAUGCUCAGCUGUCAGGACAUCAAAUGGGCUCUCAACGCUUUGAAGGGACACUAUGCAAUCACACGCAAGGCCUUAUGGGAAGCUCUAAAGAAGUGGCAGAGCUCGGGCGACCCCUCAGGGAAAAGGCGACGGAGCAGAACCUCUAGCGAGCGCUGCUACAUUGAUUUUCAUUUUGAACAUGGUUCAGUUAAACUCGAUAAGAGAAUGUACUUCUUGGAACAUGACCGACGGUUUUGUAGAACGUACAUUAACCUAGAGCCCUCUGUACAAAAAGAGCUCUCCUUCUAUCAACAGAAAGCAAAGGAAUGGGCGGAGCAUGAGGACUUCCUGUUGGCUCUGCAGGUCAAUGAGGAUGAAUAUAAAAAGGAUGGCCAGCUCAUUGAGUGCGGUUGCUGUUAUGGGGACUUUGCCUUUGAGAAGAUGACCCAGUGUUCAGAUGGGCAUUUGUUCUGUCAAGAAUGUCUGGUGAAAUAUGCUCAGGAGGCUGUUUUUGGCUCUGGAAAGUCGGAGCUGAGUUGCUUGAGUGCAAACUGCCCGUGUUCGUUUCCAGUGUGUGAGUUGAACAAGGUGCUGCCUGAGAACGUACUCUGUAAAUACUACGAGCGACAGGCAGAGGAGGCCGUCGCUGCCACCUGCGCCGAUGAACUGGUCAGGUGUCCAUUUUGCAAAUUUCCAGCCUUGUUGGACAGGGGCAUCUCACGGUUCAGCUGUCCCAACCCCCGCUGCCGCAAGGAGAGCUGUCGGAAGUGCAACGUGCAGUGGAAGGAGCACAUCGGGAAGACGUGCGAGCAGGUGCUGGAGCAGGAUGAGAUCCGCAUGAGAGUGGUCUUUGAGGAGAGGAUGACCGCGGCCCGGGUCAGGAAGUGCACAAAGUGUGGGACAGGCCUGGUGAAGUCCGAGGGGUGUAACCGGAUGUCGUGUCGAUGCGGCGGCUUCAUGUGUUACCUGUGCCGGGAGCCCAUCAACGGUUAUAACCACUUCUGUCAGCACGCCCGCUCCCCCGGCGCCCCCUGCCGCCACUGCCGCAAGUGCUCCCUGUGGACAGACCCCACGGAGGAUGAUGAGCGAAUAAUUCAGCAGAUCCAGAAGGAAGGAGAAGCCGAGCUCAAGAAGAAGAGUGCAGAAAAUUCAGGGAAGCGCGUGGGCCCACCUCCAGAAGCCAUCGCCGAAGCCAAGCGUCCUCGUGUGGGACCCCCUCCGGAGCCUGUUCCUGCGCCCAACCAGGUGGCCCCUAAUCAGCCACAGGCGGUGCAGGCUCCUCUGUUUGUGCCUCCCCGCGGUCACUACGCCCACGUCCCCCUCGCCCCCUUAGCCCGGGUUCCCCCUGCGCCCUACGUGCCCCCCCUACUGCCCCCUUUGAACAAUAACAACCAGCAGCAGCAGCGACACCACCAUCAGAAUCCACACCACCACUACCCACAUCACCACAACGACUGGGAAAUGAUGCCAAUGCACUAUGGACCUCACCAUCGCUACUACAGACGCUUCUAACACAGUAGCCUUUUGCAGGUUUAUCUUUUAUAAAUAAAAUAAAAACUAUAAAAAUAAAUGGGUCACGCUGUAAAGUCUAUAGUUUAAACAGAAUGCAGUGGACUAAUAAUAUAUUAUUCCUACUAUAGCAUAGAGAUUAUGUUAAAAAGGCACAUUUUUACUUGGGUGCCAGACAAAAAAUGUGAUUAGUGUUUAUUGGGUCAGAAAAGGAUUGACUGGAUUAUUUUACUGUUUUCAUUUGUCAUUAAACCCAGACAGAAAUGUGCUAUAAUAUGAAUAAAAUGUGGAUCAGUGCAUUCUGUGUCCUCACGCCGUGCCCCAGCUUUUCGGGUUGUAUGUUCACGAUUUCUGCGUCCGAUCAGAAUCUACUUUGCUUUCUCUUCAGUUCAAUCACUUUAAGCUCAAUUAUUUCCUCUUUAUACUGCUAUUUUUGAGUAAAAACAUAAACAAAGGAAAGCAUUCCCUUGUGUGUAUUUGGUGUGAUCUUUAAAGACGCACAGUUUUUCAAUAAAAAUUAUGUC